AUGAAUUAACUUGCCAAUUACAUGCAAUGCUAGACUAAAAGAGUCGUCUCUGUUUAUUAGCAACAAUGUUAUUGUAGAUCUCCUCAAGGAAGAAAAUGUGCAGUUGUUAAUCAACAAUUCAGUCCAAAUGAAUAGAAAUAUAUGAAAUAGUUCAAGUGCAUUGAUCAAUAGAAAUACUAAUAACCUAAAGCAAUUAUAUAUCUACAAAAAGGAAUGUCCCCAACCAACAAAUAGCCACUCAUAGCUACAAAAUUAAAGGUUUAAGAUAAAGAAAAUAAUAAUAAUAACCAUUAUUAUAAUGCAAAUAUUAUCUUCCAACCAUGCAAAACUCCCAGGGAUACUUUGAAAUAAUAGUUAUUUUCACAAUAGAAUUCACCGAAUAUCAAAUAACCAACUCCUUAAUUUGAAAACCGUUAUAAUUAAGAUUACAAAAACCAAGAAUCCCGAUUAUCAAAAUCAUAAAUCAAAUUUAGAUUUGUAGAUUCUGAAAAGCAGACAUCUGAUGAAUAACAACUUAAAAUUAUAGCAAAUUAAUUAAAUAAAAUUUAAAUUGGUCCAAAGGUACCAGACAUGUCUCCAAAUUCAAUUAAAUCUGAUGAAUUCUUAGUACAAAUGGACUCAGUAAAGAAAUCUGAUUAUUCUAAUAAAUCCCAAACAAAGAAUGUUUGUAUCUAAGCCUUUGAAAGCACUUAAUUUGAGAAACAUGAUGAAUAAUUAAGUAAAAUUUUUGGAUCUUUGAAGAAGCUUAAGAUCAUAAAAAAGAAACAAACUCAGCCUACUCUUUAAACCUAGGUCACUCAAAGAACAAUGGAAGAAGAUAGCAUGAUGAAAUUGGAUUCAUAAUAGGAUCAAUAUUCAAAACCAAUAAGUGGAUUAUCAGAAAUAGAAAUUUAAUAUGAAAAGUUUCAAACAGAAUUAACUAAUCUGGUAUUAUAUUUUUAUGAUAAAGGAUUCAAAUAGAAUUAAAAACCAUUAAGUUGA